CAGAGAAGUAGAAAUAAAUAUAAUUAAGUCUGGGAGGUUUUGCCGCCGAAGCUGCCGCCAUGUUGCUCGGGACGGUCGUUGUUUCCCGGCGUAUCCCUCCUCGAAUGUUACCACCAAAUCUUUGUUUUUACGACGCAUUUAGCGUGUAGCCGUCUUUUGGCAGGCUUUUUAUUUUGAAACCAUUCACUUUUAAGUCAUUUCUUUCCGAACUAUGCCCUGCAUAUGUCUGUGGACUAUAAAUUGAAGCUUUAUUUACGUUCUUCAACAUGUGCAUCGUUUUCAUUUUAAAAUGGCCUCUACUAGUCCGCUGCUCUCGACCAAUGAGAGAGCAGCGCCAAAGCCACAUGAUUCAAACCGACCAAUAGCAGCCAGGCUAUUUCGAAUUUCAGCUCGUCUUUGUUCGAGCACGAAACCGUCCCGCAGUCCGCUCGGCAAGGAAAGAGAGAGAGAUCGUGCUAUGAGAGAACGUACAAAAUUUAGAAAUACAGUGAAUUUAUGGUGAGAUUGUCGCCGGCUCUGUUUCAGCCCUAUUCUAAACUUAGCGGAACUGCCUAAAGAUGGAUCUCUACUUAGGCCAGGACUCGUUGUCGCUGUCCCUCCAGGACAUGCUGGACUGCGACAUCAAGAGCGAGAUGGACUCUGUGCUCGCGGGCACGGACUUGGGCGCGCACUGCCUCAACCUGCCGCCCCUGGACCUGGACGAGGACUCGCUGGGCGUGGGCGCGCACAUGUGGUUCAGCGCCAACAGCAACUCGUCCAACUCCAACUUCAACCUGGACUUCGUGGGCGGGGACGGGGCUGCCAUGAUGGUCAACCCCAACAGCGUCAUGCCGCUCACGCUGGUGACGACCAUGUCGUCGACGCCGACCCCGCACGCCGCCCGCAGCCCCAGCAGCACGUCGAGCUCCCCGCUGCCGUCGCCCUCGGCGUCCCCGUCGCCGCCCCCGCCCCCGUCGCCGCCAGCCCCCAGCUAUGUGCGCACCGUGUCCAACUUCGCCACGGCGGCCACCCUGGCCCCGCGGGCGCUGUCCAACGGCACCCAGUCACGGGUCGUGUCCAGCGUGCGCAUUGCGCCGGCGUCGUCCACCGUGUCGUCCGCGGCCGUCAACGGCAGCGCCAAGCUGCACAAGCAAGUGCAUCACCUCAGCAACGGGCGCCACCAGGUGCAGGCGAAGAAGUACGCCCACAACAACAACAAGUACUCGGACUCAGACCUCGACAACAAGGCCUACCCCAAGCCAGCCUAUUCGUACUCAUGCCUCAUCGCCAUGGCGCUCAAGAACAGCAAGAGUGGCAGCCUGCCGGUCUCUGAUAUAUACAGCUUUAUGUGCGAACAUUUUCCUUAUUUUAAGACAGCUCCCAAUGGCUGGAAAAAUUCUGUACGGCACAACCUGAGUCUGAAUAAGUGCUUUGAGAAAAUAGAAAAGCCAGCUGGAAAUGGAAGUCAGCGAAAAGGAUGCCUUUGGGCAAUGAAUCCUGCCAAAAUUGCCAAAAUGGACGAUGAAGUUCAAAAGUGGUCGCGCAAAGAUCCUAUGGCUAUCAAAAAAGCCAUGAUAUUCCCAGAAAACUUGGAACUUCUUGAAAGAGGGGAAAUGAAGAUGACAAGUCGUGCUGAUUACAUGCAAACCAAUGGAGAUGACACUGAAACAUCAGAUGAAGAAGUUGAUGAGGAUGUGGAUGAAGAUGAUGGUACUGGUGCUGCUUCCUCUGAGGAUGAUGUUGAUACAGAAAUGGAACUGGACUCUCAGUCUUCAGGGUUUCUCAUCAAUAAUAUGCCUGACUCCUUUGAAGAGUCUAGUCUGACUGACUUUGAUAUUGAAGGCACAGAAGGAAUAUACGAUGAAUUAGAUGUGCAUGAGCCUCUAAAAGUAAGAUUAACGCAGUCUAAAAAUAGACAGAAGAAUACAGUGAUAACCAUGGGUAGUGCUACAAUGCGCAGGACACAAUCUGACCCAGACAGGCAAGAUGGGUAUGACUUUGAUUUUGAUGAAGAGGAGUUUUCUGGGAGAACUAUUCAGGGUAACUAUAUUUACAAAGUUAAUGGCUCAUUCACAACUACAACAACAAGUGGCUCCAGGAGAAAGCAGCCUUUGCUUGUUCGAGCUACUGGUCCCUCAGUCAUCUGAUUCUUUUUGAAGGCAACUUUUGUGUCUUGUAUAGACAGACUACUUGAAUGAGUCGUAUUCAUCGAGUGAUAAUUGAUGUUUUUACUCAUAUUUAACGCAAAAUAAGUUAAGAUUUUAAGAAAUGUUUGUGAUUUUGAUUUUUGGAAGACAAUUGAUGUUUUGUUUUUCUACUUAGACAGCUUUGCUGUCUAAGACUAGAUCAUGCGUUUUGUAUUAUAGUGUAAAAUUUACGACUGUUUCUUGGAGUAGAAAACAAUUAGCAUUUCAUAUUGGUGUUUGACUACAUCACUCAAAUCCAUAUGACUGUGAAGUCCAAGUCAGUUUUACAACAUUGUAGUUUUUAUUUUGGUGAGACUGAGAGGCCCUCUUUUGGAGGGGUAGCCAUGCUAUUUGCAUUAUUUUCUGUCUCAGCCUACUGUGUGUAAAUAUGGGAUGAGUUCAGUGAAUUUAAUUUAUAAGUGGCUUUAUACUUUUCUAUGAUGAAUUUGUAAAGUAAAUUUUUACAUUAACUUCAUUGUUUAAAUAUGAUUUUAGGAUUAUUGAAGCUGUGUUUAAAGAGAAAUGUGAGUGCACCUGCCGAAUGCAAAACAAUUCUAUAUGUGAUAUUUGUGUGUUUGUUCUUGUUUUCUCAUAAUGGCGUAAACAGGUGGAUGCACCUUUACAUGCAUGUGAGUCAAUGUGACUGGUGACCUGUCAUUUUCGAAUUAUUUGGCUGUCUACUCUCUUUGAUGGUUUUAGUAGUUUUAAUCGGUUUUAUUGCUUUUAUUUAGUGCCACAGGACUCAUUUUUCCUGGACAUGAUCUUUGUAGCUGUAACUGCUUCCACAGCUGUCAGUAUUUUAUGACAGCUGUGGUAGCAGUUGUAGUGGGUUUGUCUGGGUAAUAAAUGAUACAAUCUUAUAUGGUCACCACUCACUUUAGCUCAGUGUAAAUGUGCUUGUCAUCUGUUCUUUUAAUCUUAAAAGCCUUUUUAUGUGAUCACAACCCUGUUGGUUAAGCCACACCCUGGAGUUUUGUCUACUUAAAUUAUUGGUGAACAAUGGACUAGAAGUUAAUUCUGUUUAUUUUCACAAGUAGUUUGUUAAGGCAGUUUCAACAUUCUUAAUAUCCAGGUUUCAUUUUUCGCUUAGUUGAUUGUUACCUGUAAUCUGCCACCAGUCCAAUGGAAAAUAUUUUAUUCACCACUGAAAUCAAUUUUUCUAUUGCUUUGUGAUAGUUUUCUUUAUGUAUCUAUCCAUCAAUCAAGUAUUUAAAAUACCAAUCCACUCAUCUCAUUUGUCAACUCUUCUCAAAGUCAGUAAUGGCUCCAUUUUUGUGCUGACAGCAAAUCAGAAAAUAUGUCCUAAUCUGUGUGAAUUUUCCAUGGUAUAAUUUUAACACCCAAAUGGAAAUUCCACUAACGUGAUGUUAAGCAGAAUGCCAUUUCUGCCAAGUAAUUUUAGAUUCAUCAAUAGUACAAAGUUAUCACUGUAUGUACAAACUUAAUUUGUAAGAUAUUAUAUAAAUCUUGACUAGAUAGUCAAACACUUUUAAAAGUUUUGAGAAGUCUGUCAUUUUGUCUUGGUGUUAUCCUGUCCACUGCCUGUGAAAAAUAUUAAUUUUGUUUUCAAUUUUGCAAUUCUGGCACAGUCCUUUCUUUUUCCAUUACAGUUUUGUUUUCUAAUUUUCCACAAUUUUUGUAUUUUCAUGACAUUUUAAGUUUAGUUAAGAAAUUACCCAAUGGAUGAUGCCAAUGAGAAUCAGACCUGAACAGAAAUGAAAGAAAGCUGUUCCGUGGCUCACUUGGUCUGCAGACCUUGUCUUGAUAAAUUUCAUUGAAUGGAGCCUUUCUCAGCCUAUGGACCUUUCUUGUAUCAACAAGACGAUCUCUCUCCCUCUCUCUCCUGUUCUGUUUUCUGUUAAAGGGUCCACUCUAUGAAAACCUGUCGUUUCUGUUUUAUUGAUUCUCAUUUGCAUUGUCGGAGGUAGUUGUACAAGACUGAUGAAGACUGAAUGGCGGAGAGCUUUACCCUGUUGAUUUUUAAAAAAUGGGUGUUCCUCCAGUAAUUUUUUAUUGGGUUGGAUAUUCUUGUCAACAUUUCUGUUAUUCAUUUUAGCCACCGCUUAUAGAAAAUUUUAGUUGAAUACUGUAAUGGCAUGGAACUUCCUAUAAACAGAAAGCUCUAGUUUCUCAUGGGGCUACAUAGUUAAUGUUUGAUACAAAAUAAUUGGUGUCUGAUUGUUUUAUCAAGGCAGUAUUAUCUUGCCUGCCGGAUCUCACUUGUGUUUUGUGUCCUUGUCAGUUAAAUAAUGUGCAGUAAGGAAGUAAAAAUGCUUUCUAUAAAUGUUCGAAAAGUGUACUUGAAAAUGUAGUUUGUUGAUGUUUCGAUUGGAAUCAAUUUAGGUAAUGAGUAAUGAAAUUGCUUGAUUGGGUGUCAUUGACAUGAAUAUUCAUGUUGACAUUUGUCAACUUAAGUCCUAGUCUUUUGUAAAAAGGAAAGUUAAUAGAAAUAAAGAAAAUGUGUUAAUUAA